GUCAUGGCAGGGUGGGUAAAAUUUAGAGCUCAGUUGUUUGGUUUUUUAGUUAAAAGUAUUUAGAAAUGUUUUUGUCUUUACCAAAAAAAAUACAAAAUCAAUCCCUGCCGUAACAUCGCCUCCUUCAUCAAAGUCAUCCUGACUUAUAUAUACGCUUAAGACAAGUAAGAUCUUUUUCCACCCGCUGUGACGUUAGUGCAACAUCCAACCAUGUAGAAUUGAACCAUCCAGUAACAAAGGCAGAGGCUACAGCACAGGCAGCUCGAUCUGUGGCUAAUAAUUCAUUAGUUUUAAUCACACAAAGAGUUUACAUGACAUCAAUAUAUAAAACAUAGUGUUCUCAAAAAAGCAAAUACAGAUUGAAUGGGUUUUUUUUUUCUUGUGCGUACGUUUGACUGAAGCCGAUGUUUCUCUGUGACCAGUGUUGCUCUUCAACUAGGAAGGUAAUGUCAGCUCUGUGGUGGCGUCAUGAGUGCAACAUUGAAUUGACUUAUUCUUGGAAGUCUGUCGUGGAUGUCAGUUUGAAAUAUUAACCUCAGUUUAUCUCUGUCUGUGAUUGUUCAUUCAUCAGCUGAGUAACGCUGUUGGUCAUUAUUUGGGUUAUGUUGAACUCUUGUUGUUGUUGUUGUUGUGCGUUUUAUAUAAAAUGUGAUGGAAUAUAUGAUCCUUUUUAUGGUGUCAUUUGAAUUUGUGUUAAAGAAGAGAACAUCUGUGUCAGAAUGCUCUGUUAUGAACCAAGUACAUUAUAUUUUUAACUGAAGAAUAACCAUUUUUAUAGGACUUGGUUUAAACAGGUAAUGACGUGAUUCAUUCUGAGCUAAGUUGUUCUUUGCUGCUUGUUUUCUUUUUUGUCUUUUGGUCAGUGUGUAUGGGAGUCUUUUUCCACACUGGUUCCAGUCCCUUCUUGUUGUGCUCUGUGUCGCCCAGGCUGCCAAUUAUUUCUUAGUGCUGAUCUGGGACAGAUGGAAGGAUUUAGUCUGAAAGGCAGUGUGAUGGAGAGACCCUUAUUUCUUUUUCCUUUUUUUUUUUUUGAUAGCGCCAUCCUGUAAAAACAAGUCUACAGAAAUGCCUCGUUGGCUCAGUCCUUGAAUUCUCUGCAUACUUUUUAUUGAGCUGGUUUUGUUUUGAUAACGUAACAUUUAAAGUGCACAUGUUCCUCCUACGUGUCGGUCACUGUCCCUGUCUCCAUCGUCAGUCUUAUCUGCAGUUUGUUCCCCAGCUGUUCAGACUUGCUUUGACUCCUCCAGCAGCUGCUGAGUGUGGAAGCGUGUACAAACACAUACGUCUGUGUGUCUGUCAGCAUGUGUGUCCCGCAGCCAUGGUAAUGAAUCUGUGUGUGUCCUUCGUUGGGAGAGUCUUUCCUGUCCUGCCGCUGUUGUGGCUCCUCCCUCCUGCACACCUUAUAAACACACACCUACAAACGUGUGUUCACUUCUUAUCUUGUACAGUUUGUGGCUGUGUGUGUGUGUGUGUGUGUAGUCAGCGAUAGCAGUUUUUCUCAGCGAGUAGACGGAACAAAGUGAUGCUUUUGAGGUGCCUGCAGGCGAGCAGCAGCUUUGAAGAAGAAUGGGCCGCUCUGAGCAGCUGUCAGUCUCGUCAAACAGGGCUCAGGCAAGAAAGUACAUUUGGAAACACAGAAGCUCUUCACCGACCCUUCGGCCUGGACUCUGCAGCACUGACGGAGGCAGUGCGCUGGAGCUCCAAGGAGAACCUGCUCGGAGCAGCUGAGAGCGACCCCAACCUCUUUGUUGCACUUUAUGACUUUGUUGCCAGCGGAGACAACACCCUCAGCAUAACCAAAGGGGAGAAGCUGCGUGUGCUCGGCUACAACCAGAAUGGAGAGUGGAGCGAGGUACGCUCUAAAAACGGUCAGGGGUGGGUACCCUCCAACUACAUCACCCCGGUCAACAGCCUGGAGAAGCACAGCUGGUACCACGGGCCCGUGUCCCGCAGUGCAGCAGAGUACCUGCUCUCCUCCCUCAUCAACGGGAGUUUUCUAGUUCGAGAGAGUGAGAGCAGCCCCGGACAGCUGUCAAUAUCUCUGCGCUAUGAAGGGAGAGUCUAUCACUACAGGAUUAAUACAGCCUCUGACGGCAAGGUGUACGUGACAUCCGAGAGCCGUUUUGCCACCCUGGCCGAGCUGGUCCACCACCACUCCACUGUGGCCGACGGCCUGGUCACCACUUUGCACUAUCCUGCACCCAAAUGCAACAAGCCCACAGUGUACGGUGUGUCACCCAUCCACGACAAGUGGGAAAUGGAGCGCACAGACAUCACCAUGAAGCACAAGCUGGGGGGGGGGCAGUACGGAGAGGUGUACGUGGGGGUGUGGAAAAAAUACAACCUGACGGUGGCCGUCAAGACACUAAAGGAGGAUACAAUGGAAGUAGAAGAAUUCCUUAAAGAAGCAGCAGUAAUGAAAGAAGUUAAACAUCCAAACCUUGUUCAGCUUCUCGGUGUGUGUACGUUGGAGCCGCCCUUUUAUAUUGUAACUGAGUACAUGCCACAUGGGAACCUACUGGACUACCUGAGAGAGUGUGAUAAGGAGGAGGUGAACGCCGUGGUGCUUCUCUACAUGGCCACGCAGAUCUCUUCUGCCAUGGAAUACCUGGAAAAGAAGAACUUCAUUCACAGGGAUCUUGCAGCGAGGAACUGCUUGGUCGGGGAGAAUCAUGUGGUGAAGGUGGCAGACUUUGGUUUGAGCAGGUUGAUGACUGGUGACACGUACACCGCACACGCUGGGGCCAAGUUCCCCAUUAAAUGGACGGCGCCUGAGAGCUUGGCCUACAACACCUUCUCCAUCAAGUCGGACGUGUGGGCGUUUGGUGUCCUUCUCUGGGAAAUUGCUACAUACGGGAUGUCCCCCUACCCUGGUAUUGAUCUGUCUCAGGUCUACGACCUCCUCGAGAAAGGUGACAGAAUGGAACAGCCUGAAGGAUGUCCACCCAAGGUUUAUGAACUCAUGAGGGCAUGUUGGCAGUGGGGCCCUUUAGACAGACCGUCGUUUGCAGAGAUCCACCAGGCGUUUGAAACGAUGUUCCAUGACUCCAGUAUUUCUGAAGAAGUAGCAGAGGAGUUGUGUAAGACUGCCUCUGCUGGUCACUGCGGACCCCUGCACCCUUUCAGCCAUGAUAUGCCCCUGUUGCCUUCUAAAUCUCGCCCCCUCCACAAGCACACGGAAAACAAGGAAAACAUCGAGGGUGGAUUGGACGGGCGCACUGACCACGGCACCCACAGCCACUCAGGCUGGGCAUCGUUGAUAGGAGGUAACGGACGAGCGGGCAGCUCGCCGGCGUUGCCCAGAAAACAGCAGCCACGAGAUAAAUCCCCCAGCAACCUUUUGGAGGAUGCACAGGACAUGGGCACAUUCACAAGAGACCGCAAGACUGGAUUCUUCAGCUCCUUCAUUAGGAAGAAGUCCUCUUCGUCUUCCUCGUCCCCAGUUUCUUCCCAGCUCCAACAGAACCUCCCCACGCCCCCCAAAAGGAGCAGUUCUUUCCGGGAAAUGGAGACACAACCCCACAAGAAAUAUGAGCCAACCGCUGAUUUCAGCGCUCCUCCUCUUCCUUUGCCCCAGUCGGACAGUUUAGGAGGUUUCUCUGCUUCUCCUUCCCACUCGCAUGGAGAACCCAGCCAGACUCAGUCACGCUGCUGUGGAGCAGCCUUUGGACAGAAACCUUCUAGUGGAGGCCUUAGUUCACAAGGGACGAGUGGGAGCAGUUGGGGGGGGUUGGCCGGCUUUUUUACACCCAGACUCAUCAAAAAGACCCUGGGUCUACGGACAGGAAAAACGGUCUCUUCAGAGGAGGGUGGUAGUAUAGCUGGAGGGCCUAAACCCUUCCCUAGGUCUAAUUCUACCUCCUCCAUGUCAGCCGGACUGCCAGACCUGGAGCGUAUUUGUCUCACUUUACCCAGGAACCGCAGUGCCAAACCCCCUCUGGAGAGAACUGCCUCCACAACCUCCCAGCCAGAGAAUGGGGCUGCGAGGCCCUCGGAAACUCUGCUGAGAAGAAUGGACGAGGGCACGGCACAAAUCAGGGAACGGCCCAAAGCCAAGCUGCUGCCCAGAGGCACUGCGGUAGGGAUGAGGGCACCAGGAGUUGGGGGGGAGGUUGCUGAUUCAGACGCUCUCUCCCGGCUGAGGGAGAGUAAAGAGGAGAGUGGGAUCGGACUGGACAGACAGCAGAGUUGGUCGUCUCCCUCUAAGAACUCCAGUUCCAGCGCGUCCUCAGCUGCUGUCGGUGCACAAACUCACAACCACAAAGUCCCUGUUCUCAUCUCCCCCACUUUAAAACACAACCCGGCCGAUGUGCACCUGGUGGGUCUGGACUCUCAAGGGAAUCGAUUCAAACUUCUCACAGAGCACCUAACAGACCGGGACAAGCCGCGACUUGUGAAACCCAAAUGUGCUCCCCCUCCACCCCCCACCCUGCGCAGCCUGCAACACUCCUACAGCGGUGACGGAGAGGAGCAGGUAGGAGGUGUGCCUGCUGAAGUGAACGGAGACACGUUGAAGGGACACAGAUCGGGGAGAAUGUCAGGAGGAGCGUUGACUGGCAGACCUUCUGUGCCACCACCACAAGUGCCUCCUGCGUCCUCUGCCACCGCCUGCACAACCGCCACCAAAAUGGCAAACGGAGCCCCCACCACUGCCUCGUCCCCGCACACCGCGCCGUCCGCGGGUUCCAAAGCGGUCCUGCGGCGACCCAGGCAGCAGGUGGAGAAGAUACCUUUGGAGCGGGUCAGCCGCGAGGCCCUGCUGGAGUGCGCCGAGUACCUGAGCAGCGCCCUCCAGGCCAGCUCCGAGUGCUCCUCCAGCAGCCAGGUACUGGACGCUGGCCACCAGCUGCUAGACUACUGCUCAGGAUAUGUGGACUGCAUCCCUCAAAUGAGGAACAAGUUUGCCUUUCGAGAGGCAGUGGGAAAGCUAGAGCUCAGCCUGCAGGAGCUGAGGGCUUCGUCUUCAGGGGGAGGACUGAGCAGCACGGGGCCCAACGCUGUACUGGAUAACCUGCAGUGCUGUAUCAAAGAGAUUAGUGACGUAGUGCAGAGGUAGCCACUGUGACAUCACAACCACCCUAACAAUCCAACAGAUCCUAUAUAUAUAUAUAUAUAUUUGCCUUUUUAUCUGUCCAGUUCUGCCAACAACAUUUUCAAGGGGCUGAAUCUCUGAAUCUCUAAAGUACCUCAGAGAAAAGAUAUCUUUUAUUGUUUACAAACACUUUCACGAAAUGCCAGUGUGGACGCUAACCUUGCUCUGAAUUGUACAUAUUGAGAGAUGUUUAUACUGAACUAAUUAUGACAAAGAAAAGUUUGGACAUGAUGGCUGUGAUGAUAACUGUCUUCUCGUACAUUGAAUGUGGAUCAGCUGUGUGUAGCCAGUCUGGAGAGUAGGUCACACUCCCUCUGCUAAUCAGUCAGUCACAAAACGGAACAAGAAUGACGGAAAUUGUGUCAUAUUCUCUGGGCAGAACAGAGAUACAACACUACUGCUUGUUCUGACUUCAUCUCAUGUAAGAUUUCACAAAUAGGUGAAUCAAGAGGGGUUUUUGUUUUUGUUUGUUGAUUUUUUUUUGCUCAGUUUCUGGGAAAUUUGAUUGUAAUUUUCCAGUUAUAGAAGCCAUCUGGGGUCCCAAGUUCAUAUUUUUAGUUUUUUGAUUUUUUUUUUUAAAGUUUUGUUUGUACUUAAUUGUUUGCAGACGGUGUGUAAUUUUCAGUGCUUGCGAGUUUUAUCUCUCACCUGAACUGCUUGUUUUCUACUUAAUGCAAGUCUUGUUUUCAGGACAAAUCUUAAGAGUAAUUUGCUGUUUUUAAUCAUUUACAUUCCCAAAAAAAAAAACGGUGAGACCAUUGAAUAAUAUUGAGGGGAUCACCAACAACUCUGAAACACUUUGACAAACCUGUAAAUAUGCCAGACAACCAGACAAAUCACUUUAACCUGAGCUAAAGUUCAACCAUAAAAGGACUAAUCUUACAGUUUACUGACCGUAGCACUGUUACAGAACAGUCAGAAAAAAAAAUCAAUGACCUUUUUAUUCUAACAAAAACACAGUCAUCCGUUUAUUCAGUCUUAUGUGAAUCCAUCCCAACUGUUACUAAGCCAACAUUUGAAGCACACUAGUUACUGCAACAUGAACAACGAGACAUCGUUGUUGUGUUAAUUAAGUCAGUUUAAACCCAGGCCUUUUCACAGGCGUUCACUCACCUCCGUCUGUUUCACUCACUCACACCGUUGCUGGUUGUCCCGUCUCAGCUUAGUUCGUCUGAAGGUCAACAAUUUUGCGCAACCAUUCCACGUUAUUUGGUGAUAGUCUAAACAACAAGCUGGAGUAAGAUAGAGCAACACUGAGUGACCAGAGCAACACUGAGUGACCAGCUUCUGGUUCCAGGAGCAAGAAGCUUUGGCUUUAGCUUUCACAGUAGUCAAACAAAAAAAAAAGCAUACACACUGUGUUCUUUCAAAGAGUUGGGAUGUUUUUACAAAGCAAUUGUGAGUUGUUUUUGACUACACUGAGAGACGAACACAGUCUGCUCCGACAGUCAGACAGAGUUCUGAGAAACUGACAGAUGUGACAUCUUCGAUGGAUAAAUCAGUGGUUCUCAAACGACUUCUGUUGAAGUAUCUGCUGUGUGCGCAGUUAUUGGUUCAAAACUCCAUCAAAUUUAAAAAAAAAAUCUCUACAAAACUGCUGUUCACAUUGAACAAAGAAUAAAAUUACGAUCUAGUGCAGUUUCUCAGCCGUGGCUUCAUUGGCCCUGUCGCACCCCUGGAUGGAAUCACUGGACCAAUCACUGUCCUUUUUUAUUCUGUAGUGAUGGUAUUUGGUGACCUGAACACGAGCACUACCUGCUUGAUUUUUUUUUAAUUUUUUUUUAUCUUGCACAGUACCACAAACGUGAAAAAAAACAAAAAACAUUUCCCGUAAAAAAUCAUUUCAAUAUUUUUUCCUUCUAUUCUCACAAAUAGUGUGGUCAUGGAUGAACAAGCAUUACAUUUUGGGGUGAGCAGACGGAAAGAACACAGGGUAGCACAUGUGCAGGUGAACUGGGACAGUGUUUCUAUAAGUGUCCUUCUGAGUAUGGACAGUGCUGGAUUCCCUGUAGCCUUGUCACGGCCUCAGUGCCUCACAUUCUUCAGUGUGUGAACACUAUAAUAAUGCAGAGACCUACUUUACCUUUUCACACAGUACUGAUCUCUCAACACACAAAACUGCAGUAUGUCUUGAGCACAUGAGCAAUUUGUACAUUAUUUGGUUCAAAUGUUAUGUAUUAGCUUGAAUUUUAAAUUAUUGUUUUUUUUAUUAUAAGCACAGAGCUAUUUUGAAAAAAAAAAGAAUGUAAAUAUUUGAUUUUUUGUCAUAUCCUGGAACAAAAAAGAUUUAUGUGUGGUGACAGAAUAAAAAGCGAUGUGUUUGACUGCAGAGAUGUAUGAUAAGGCCCAUUUACCCAGACCUGAAUAUUUACUUUAAGAAUGUAGUAUUCUUCAAUUCUGUACUUGGCCGAAUGUUCAUCUUUGUGACUCUUUAAUUUAUUGUUCUACAUACCUUCUAUUGGCCAAUAGUUCUAAUUUUGCUAAUGCUAAAAAAACAAACAUCAUAAUCCAUAAUCAGCUGCUCUGUUUUAGAACAACAAACAAAGUGUGUAGAGUGCACAAGGACACGGAGAUGUUUCUUUAACAAUUGUUUUUUUUUUCUUUUCUUCUUUCUUUACACUGGAUAAGACACGUCAGGUCAUCGACACAUCUCGUCACAAAGUUUGUUCCUUAAACACUGCAGGCCCAUUUCUGGUGUUGAUAAGUUUCCAUGUUAGACCUUUUUGGUGCGUAUCAUGUUACUGUCACAAAAAUCUCUCUCUUUUUGUCAAAUGGUAUGUUUUUAAUCACAGGCGAACAGUGAUAUUUGACUGUGCAUUGUACAAAAAAAAAAAACAUGGCUCACUUUUGUUGUAAAUGAGUCUUGUGCCUUUGUGUGGAUACAUACAGUGUGCAGUCACAGUAUCACCAAACACAGUCACAAAAACGCCAAAGUUCUAGACUGUGAUUAAGACAAUACAAUACAUUAUCUCCUGUUUGCCAUAAGACACACGUUGUCUAUCACUACAACAUUCUCUUCUGUCAUUUGAAGAGCCUGCUGCACACUAAACUGAUCAUUUGUCAAAUGAAAUGCCUGUAACAUUUGGUUUGCCAACUGCCUAAUUGAAGACACCUGCUUGAGUUAAUUGUAGUUUGUUUUUUAUGGAACAGGUUUCCAACACAAUCCUUACAAUUAGUUCAAUUAACACAACCUUUUAGUAUUAAAACAGUUGGGUUUUUUUACAGUUUCAGGUUUGUUAUUGUUAUCAAGUGUUGUUAAAAUUUUAAACUGACCUAAUUUCUCCUCCUUGUCAGUCUUCUGCAGUGCCUCCAUGUUGCCUGAAUUUAUUCUGUAUUUUUUUCCCCCAUUUGUCUCCCUGUUUUUGGAGAUACUCUCUGGAGAAUGUGUACACAAUAUACCAAAGGCCACUUCUUCAGUUAAGUGCAAUGUAAAUCCACACUCACCCACAGAGACAAAACAAAAUGGAAUAUGUGAGUCUAAACAGGGAUGCAAGUUGCAGAGAUGUUAACAUUAACUUUUUUUUUAUCCAACAAUAUAUAUUUUGUGUUUUUUUUAUUUAAAAGCUCACACUAUAUUACUGUGAAGUUCUGCUUGUCAGUGUUAAGUCUAUUGUAAAUAAUAAAGAUAUUGAUAAAUCCUGACUUGA